AUGUUUGAGUCUAGCUGUCUCUGCGGAGCAAAUCGCAUCUCUUUCGAAGCUGAUUCCAUCCUGAAAAUGCGCUGCCACUGCAUCGACUGCCGCAAGUUCAGCGGAAGCACCAACACCAACAAUCUCCUAGUCCCCGUGGCUGGCUUGAAGGUCCUGAAAGGGCAACUCAAAACCUACACUAAGACCGUUGAAAGUGGAAAUGACAUGACCAGCUAUUUCUGCGACCAAUGCGGGUCGACGCUGUACAGGCAAUCCAGUAUGUCGGACAAGGCUGUGGCAGUCAUGAUCGGCGGCAUCGAUGGGCUUGAGGCAAUUGAGAAUGGACGUCCGGAGCACGAACUGUUCGUGAGGAACCGGCCGAGCUGGAUGAAGGCCAUUGAAGGAUCGUCGCAGGAGGAAGGGCAUGGCCUACCGAAGGUCAAGGUACCAGAAGCUGUGUAG